AUGUCGCGAAUACCAGCCACCAACCAAGCCAAAAACUCGGAGUUGCUUCUGCGGCACGACCUCGAGGAUUUUUCGCGAGACCUCCUCGGGCUUCAUACUAGGUUUCAGAACAUGUUCCCGGUCCUUGCCAACUCCAGCGAGUCUACCUCACCACGAGAUACAGCGGCCAGAAAUAAUGCUUCCCAACCCCCGACUCCAGCGCUCACCCCAUCGCAAUCAGCUGUUCCGUUCCCUGCCAGCGUGGAGCGUGAAAUCAGGCAGGAGGUGAGCGCUAAGGUCGCGCAGGAGAUUGACGAGAUCAAUGUCCGGUUUACUCAGCUGGGGAACGAGUUUGAACAACGAGUUGAUGAUAUCUACAAACAUGGGAUUGAGCCUUUUGAGGCGGAGAAAAACCGGGUUGAGGAAGAGCUGGCGAAAAUCAGGGAAGAGAAUACGAAGAGAGAGCAGGUUGAGGUAAAGAUGAGGGAGGAGCUGUGGGGGGUGAUUGGCAAGAUGCAGAGUGAAAUCGAGGAGCUGAAGAAGCGGCGUGUCCAUGAGAUUGACAAGAAUUUUCCAAUGGAGACUCAGCCGACAACUGAAGAUUGGGUUGAGUCGAGUCCGUGGAGAAUGAGGGGGCAAUUCUUUCGGGACGAGAACGACCAGAACUACACAUCGUCCGCGCUGGUACCUUUCAGUUCCCAGGUCGACAAGAGCGCAAAUGCUCUCAGCCCCAAAGCACUCGGACAAUCUGGAACUCCAGCGUCGACGGUCAGCGGUUUAGAUUUGACCAUUCAACCGGCCAACAGAGGACAACAGAAUGUGGUUGGUCGUCAAAAUGCAUACAUCACCGAAUCCGAGCCUACAAUUCCCGUUAGGAAAGUUCACUCACGCUCGGGUCUGUUGAAGCCUCCGCCAAGAGAGCCUCUUCCUCCCAGUUUGCUCUCCGUCCAGGAAGACAAUCUCAAGGCACAGCAACUGCAAAAACUUCACGCAGCCGCAGUCCCCGCCCAGCUUCGACGCGAACUUUUCCGCGUUCGCGAGGACUCUCAGCCUAUGCACAAGCCGAAGUCAAGUUCAUCACAUCGCCGCUCCAACCGCUCGAGCUCCAUUCAAAGUAUCACUAACAACAACGACACGGACUUCUCCUCGCAGUCCAUCCCUUCCCGCUUCCAACCAAGCCGCAAAACCAAAUCAGCCAACGAGUUGAUCGACAAGCAUCUCUCCUUCAUCCCCAACGGCUGGCGUUCAAUCAUUGCCAACACGGCGAAACAGCUAAGCCCCGAGGACUGGGGUCGCUCAGACGCGAGGGUUCUGAAGAAGCUAGAGGACCAUUGUUCGGCGUUCACCAACCUGGAGGAAAUUCUGCCAAACUUCAAGAUGGCAGUGCCGGCUUUGAGGGAGUUGAUGAGGGAUAUGGGAAGACAUCUUUGA